AUGCUUUCCUCCUCCGGUCCCUCCAUCUCGCGUCCACGACCUCCUGCACGGCCCAGGAAGAGUCUAAACACCACAAACAAUGACAAUAAAGUCUCAGAGACGCCCUCUCCGCCCCCACCCCCGUACCAAAUUGCUCCUGAGAUUCUCAAUGGCGCCGUCCCACUUCACAAGCGAAACCUCAGUCUCUGUUCUGUCUCCGGAAACGUCGAUGCAUCAGUAGCUGCUACGGCGCAAAUGUUGGGACUCGAGCUCGACGCCGUCAAUCCCGACAAUGAGAUUGACCGCGCGCAGACGGAACAGUACCUACGCGACAAGAGCAAAGAGGAGCUCGAGAAACUGCUCAUCAAGGCCGAAGCAGUCAUUCGUGCCCGGGAGAACGGUGCGUCUGUCAAAAACAUGCAAACACGCGUUUUCCUCACUGACGAAUCACAUGUUGUGUUUACAGAACUCGGGGUGGCUGCUGCCGUAGGGAAGCAAUUGCUCGAGACGAAUCUCUCGCUCAGACAGCGCCAUGCGUCCAUACUCGCCAGGACCUCGCCAAUGGCACCCAUAGGCGAUGCUGGCCCACCCCAUACCUUGACGGAAGACUUGACAACGCCGCCCAGGAGCCCAAUCAUCUCACCAACUUUGCUCCACCCUGCUAGGACGCCGAACCAGAUCCAUACUCGCCGUCUCUCUACAUCGCCUUCGCAACUCGCCAUUCUCUCCUCGCAAAACGAAGAUCUCAUUCAGGCACUGGCAAAGCUCCAAGAUGACACGAGUGCGGCAAAUUUGGAGGGCAAGCAAAAGCUUCGAAAGCUCGAAAAGGAGAUUGCCGGAUUGCGGACCGAGCUCGAACACUCGCAUCAGAUGAACGACGAGCUAAAGGAGCGCAUCGAUAAAGUCCAGACCGAACACGAACAGAAGAAGGACGCGCAGAAGCAAGAGCGCGAAGCCAAGAUCCUGGAGAGACGGUUAGCCGCGACACACGUCAACGAGUCGCCUUCGUUCCCCAACUUUGCCCCCACCUCGAAUACACCUACUCCCAAAAAGGCUACCUCGGGUGCACGAGUCAGUGACGAGCGGCCGAAUCUAGUCUCAUUUCCCUCUUCUGACGGCGAGGAAAUCAGGCCUCCGGUUGCCAGCGGCCCCUCCAAGGAGCUGGUGAUUCUCGAAAAGCUUCUCGCCAAGAUUGAAGAGUUGGAGAAUGCCAAUCGCGAGAUCAUCAAGCGCCACCAAGAGACUGACUCUCGUCUGCGUGCUGUCACGACGCAAUCCGAUGCUCUUCAGAGGGUUUAUGAGAAUUUGGAAGAGGAGAUUGACGCAGACGACGAAGAUGGGACAUUUAGUGCGGACCAGUCGCCCGUCAGAGCUGAUGGACUCUUGCAUCCCGGAGUCUUAAAGCCGAAUCAGUCUCUCCGCGAUAGAGGCUCUCCGGUUUCCUCGACGCGUGAACUUGAACCGCUUCCUACCCUUAACGGCAAGCGUCGCAAGGCCUUGACACCGAGUCUCUACGAUGGCUCUCCCGGGCAUGAGAACGACGACUCGGAUGAAGAACGACGGAUCGAACCGCUUCAGAUCCCUAGAAUCUCCGCCCUCAAGCCCAAGGAUUCGAAGCGAAAGCUGCGGCCUAGGGCCUCGAUGGAUCCUCGACUUCUUUCAUCCCCAUCCAAGCCAUCUCCAGGCGCGAAAAGGAUUCGACCAAGCGCCUCUCAUCAGAGCAUGCGGUCCUCGCAACGAGUCCAGGCGGAUAUUCCUCCCAUCCCCUCGGUCGGCGGGGUUUCGCUAGACAAUGAUGAUGCUUCAAAAGAUGAAGUCGAAGGCGCUGCAGACGAGGGAGAGCCUCUUUCUGUAGCAUUAAACGAGGCACUCGUGGAGAACCGCGCCGUUACUGCCAUUCGACAUGCACUUGAUCCCAGCAAUCACGGGAAACCCCUCGAGGAGGGCGAACACAUCCUUCCUGUUGGGUCACUCGAGGGAUCGCCUGACGAAUCAUUCUUCCUGCUCUCGCAUGCAGUCGCAUCUCGUCCCACCAAAUGGACACAGGGAUCACAUGACCAAAGUAUCGAAGGCUCGAAAGCCAAAUGGACUCAAGGCCUUCAGGACGGAACAAUGGGUGCUCCCGUACCCAAAACUGGAUACCUCUCUCUUCCAGCGCCCGGAGGUGCAUCGAGCGGCGUAAAUCCAUGGAAGGAUGAAUAUCCAGAGGGGAGUGAGACGGAGCGUGAACGUGAGCGUGAACGUUCUGUUCGAUAUCGCUCUCUGCGGGGACAAAUCGAUAUGACCGAGACUGAUUCGGAAGCGGAACCUUCGAGACGCAUGGCGGCUUUGUUGAGGAUGAACGAGGCUGCAGAGGCGCGGACCAGGCGACCCCCGAGGUCGCGUGGGCGACGUUCAGAGGCUUCACAGUCGCAGGCGGCAAUGUCGAAUGCAGAAGAUCGGCCAGUGGUGGAGAGACGCAAGAGAAGACAGGAUGAAUUGCCAAAGGAUGGAUGGGCGGGCACAUUAGUGGAAAUCUGGAUUAUUUUACAGGUCCGUCCUUUCUUUUUACUGAAACCCGUACACUUGAUAACCGGAAUUGCCAGGCUGCGAUAA